GCUGGAGCAACGUCAUAAUCACACAGUGUGUGGGACUUUUAUUGACCUUGGUUGCUGCAACUGCGGCAAUAACAACAUCAAACCACGACGACGACGGCGGCGGCGCGAAAAAGAGAAUCACGCAACCGCGCCGACGCCCGCUCUUUUUUUUGUUCAACAAAAAAAAACACCAAGCUUGGCGUCCUUGUCCUUGCCUUUCCAGACCGGCCGUCGCAACGAUCCGAACCCCGCCUCAGGCACAACGGUUCCGGCGGGCUCGUGAAAAAGCCUCGACCAUGAGCGAGCUGCAGCGUAAAUGGGCAAAGACGAGGGCCGCCCAGCCGCCCGACGCCCUGCUGGUGGCCGCGGCCGCGCUCGACGAGCAGCUCGAGGACGGGGCGACGGCCGACAUCGCCGAGGCGCCCGAGGAUGAGGGGGAGACGGGCACGGUGCCGGAGCUGCCCGAGUUUGCCGACGACGACUCCUCGUCGGCGUCGUCGGCGUCGUCGACGGGCACCGUUGUGCCUUCGCCGCGCCAGAACCUGUUUGCCAGGCCACAAGGCUUUCCAAGAGGAAGGACCAUGGACGUCAUACCCUGGACCACGUACUUUGAGCGCGAGCUCUUCCUAGAGAUCGAGCGGGACGGUGGCAGCAACACCGUCACCUUCCACACCUACCUCACGUCGCCGGUGGGCAAGGGCCCGCUGUUCGUGAUGCACCACGGCGCCGGCUCGUCGGGGCUCAGCUUCGCCGUCGUUGGGGCCGAGAUCCGGAAGCGGAACCCGUCGGCCGGCAUCCUGUCGCUCGACGCGCGCGGCCACGGCUCCACGACUGUCGCCGCGGCCGGGAGCAGCGGCGGCGGCGGCGACAACAAGCAACAGCCACCAACACCACCGCCACCGCCGGACCUGAGCCUGGGAACCCUGGCGGCCGACCUGCUCGCCGUGAUCCGGGCGACCGGGGAGCGGAUGGGCUGGGCCAACAGCAGCAACAGCAGCAGCAGCAGCAACGGCUCCUCCGCGCCGCCUCCUCAGCUACCACCCAUCGUGCUGGUGGGCCACUCGCUCGGCGGCGCCGUCGUGACGCACCUGGCGAGCACGGGCGCGCUGGGGGACGACGGCGGGCUGCUCGGCUACGUCGUGCUCGACGUGGUCGAGGGCUCGGCCAUGGACGCGCUACAGAGCAUGCAGACGUACCUGUCGACCCGCCCGGCCGGCUUCUCGUCGGUCCAGGCCGCCGUCGACUGGCACGUGCGCUCCCGCACAGUCCGCAACUCCGUCUCGGCCCGCACCAGCGUCCCGGGCCUGCUGGUGCGUCGGGAGGAAGAGGAGGGCGGUGGUGGUGGUGGCGAUGAUGCAGCCGCUGCCGCUAGGCCCUGGAGGUGGCGAACCGACCUGGCCGCCACACAGCCCUUCUGGGAGGGGUGGUUCGUCGGCCUCAGCAAGAAGUUUUUGAGCGCCCGCGGCGGGAAGCUGCUGCUCCUGGCCGGCACCGACAGGCUGGACACGGAGCUGACCAUUGGUCAGAUGCAGGGAAAGUAUGCGCUGCAGGUCUUUACCGAGGCGGGCCACUUCGUCCACGAGGACCUGCCCGAGAAGACGGCCAUCGCGCUCGUCGACUUCCACCGCCGCAACGACCGGACGUCGCUAGUGCUGCCGCCCAAGGUCUCGGAGCUGCUGGCGCAGGGGAAGAGAGUGUAGGGGUGGGCUGUGGUAGCUACGGCAGAACCGGCGAUAUGACUUGACGGCGGCGGCGUCGCCCCAAGUGUUGGGGCGGCUUUAUGCACUUUCUUCCUUCAAAGGGAUACCCAUUUCCAAGACUUUUUUUUCUCUUGCCUAAAUUCAAUAUCAUCAAAAGAGAAGACAAGGCGCUGGACGUGAACAAUCCCGGUUUCUGCCUGUACAUGCUUGCCGUGAGGAUCACCA